AAUGCUAUGUUUGAUUGCUUACAAGUUACAACUACUCUUUGUAUCAUAUGAUUAAUGAAUUAUGAACCCAUUUUUAUUUUUUAAUUUCUCUAUAAAUAGCAUAUACUACCCUAACUCACAAUUAUCAAUAUAACAUACCAAAAAAAAAAAGUUUGAAUCAAAUACAUAUAUACAUACAUAUUACAUACCAUAAUGGUGGUUUGUAGUACUAUGAAAAACUCUAAUGAUAAUAAUAAUGAAGAUAAUCUUGUUUAUGGAAUAAGAUUAUCUUCCGUAGGAUCGGCGACAGUAACGGGAAAUUUAGUUUAUGAGCCUAAUAACAUGGAUUUAGCAAUGAAAGUACAUUAUCUAAGGGUAGUGUACUUUCUUGAUAGCCAAGCAAUUGAGGGAUUAAUCCCUUUUAAAUUGAAGGAGGCAAUUUUUGCAUGGCUUUGUUACUAUUAUGAAUCUUGUGGAAGGUUUAGGAGAUCUGAAGAAGAUGGUAGACCUUUUAUCAAGUGUAACGAUUGUGGGGUUAGAUUUGUCGAAGCAAAAAGCUCGAAAACCCUAGAUGAAUGGAUUCAAAUGGAGGAUACUUCUUCUCACAGGCUUCUUGUUGCUGAUAAUGUUCUUGGUCCUGAGCUCACUUUCUCUCCUCUUGUUUUUCUACAGAUUACCUCUUUCAAAUGUGGAGGAUUAUCUUUGGGCCUCAGCUGGGCCCAUGUGCUAGGAGAUGCAUUUUCAGCAGCAAACUAUAUGAACACUUUAGCACUAUUCUUGAAUGGGCUAAAGCCCAAAUUUUCUCCCAACCUAAACAAAGCACCUCCUCCCCAAAAUCUCAAGCCCAAAAAUCCCAUAAACUCAGAACCAUCAACUCUAAAGAUAGUGGGUUCACUUGGAAACCAUUGGAUCAUGCCCUUACCCUGUGAAAUGGGCACAAUCUCCCUUCAUUUGAAGCCCACUCAAUUGACCCAAUUGCAAGCAAAAUUUUCUGAGAAUGAUUCCACUCUAAGCCCAAUCCAAUCUUUUGAGAUGCUCAGUGCUGUAAUCUGGCGGGCCAUAGCAAGAAUCAAAGAUGGGCCUGAGCCCAACAUAGUGACCAUCAUCAAGAAAGACGCCGCAAGCCCAAUAGAGGAUGUCAUGGCUUUAAGGAACAACCAAUUUGUGGGCUCGGUUAAGGCGGAUUUUUCAGUAGGGAAGGCCCAUCCCAAAGUGCUUGCGGCCUUGAUCCAAGACAAGGCGAAGAGCGAAAGGGAUCAAAUUGAAGAGGUUGUGGGCCAAGACCCUGGAGGAUGUGAUUGUAUUAUAUACGGGUCGAAUUUGACAUUUGUGAACUUGGAAGAAGUGGACUUCUACGGGUUUGAGUUGAAAGGGUUAAGGCCAAGAUUUGUGAAUUGUUUUGUGGAUGGUGUUGGAGGAGAAGGGGUCGUUUUGGUACUUCCAAGUCCAAAAGAUAUUAAUGGUAAAAGCAAUGCCAAAACUUUGAGUGGAGGAAGAAUUGCGACAAUAAUUUUGCCGAAGAUUUAUAUGAUGGAGCUCAAGAAGGAGUUGAAGGAGUGGGGUCUUAGUGCUUAAACAAGGGGAGUUAUAUGCAUUUUAGGUACUUUUAUUUGAAGAACUAGUAUAGCGCGAGUUAAAAUUUAGUAUUUUGUCGUGUUAUUAUAAACACACUAUAAUUUGCUGUUCAAUUUAACUAUAACACAGUUAGCUAUGUUUUUGUCAUCUAUGUAUGAAAUUAUGUCAUCAAGAAAGAUCAUACAAUCUCUCUGUAAUAAGAGUCAAACUUUGUAUCUUUACUUUUUUCUAUUUAAUGUAUGAAGCGCAUAAUGUAUCAAAUUUAAUAUGUAUGAAAUUGUUUUGGAAGUAAAAGCUUGUUUCUCG